GGCUUUCACACAAUCUUUAGAGUGGUGGAUCCAUUUUGAGCUUUGCAAUGGAGGUUCUGAAGUUACUUUUGUGUGUAUUAGUUAGUCAUCUCUUUUGGAUUCAUUCGACUGAAGCUGUAUUUUCACAGCAUGUGCCUGGAUUUUUUCAAAACAUACUGCCUUCUCCGUUUAAAAUAAGCAAUAAUUUUAACCCGUUUGAUACCAUCUUCAGCUCCUUGAGGGCCCCGGAAUUUGACGUAUUUGCUGAGUUGUCUUCUAUGAUGGAGGUUCCUGAUGUGCAAGUUUAUUGUGAUGAAAGUGAACUAAUACUGCUGGUGGACAAAAGAAUGGGUGAUGUCACUCUCAAAAGAGAAGAGAUCCAGUUGGGUGAUGGCUGCUACAGCAAUAGCGAGCUACCAAACCAAAUGAUGUUCACUUACAGCUUUGAUCAAUGUGGAACAAGUCAUGAAAUUCGAAAUGGCUUGGAUGUGCUCUCCAAUGCUCUCCACUUUAGUCGUAGAGAGCCAGUCUUGAACAAGAAGCUGACACCUUCUACUGUGCAUGUCUCCUGCAUUCCAAAUGGGUUAAAAGAUCCAAACCUGCCAACCUCUGCAGUACGCCCUGAUUACGGAAGACGUUUCAGUAUACGGGCUAUGACUUCCUCGUGGACAAGACCAAUGGAAUCCAGCGUCUACACUCGGGGCGACAUAAUCAAUAUGGAGGUGUCUGCUAAAAUCAGUCCUCACCAACGUCUCUUCAUCCAGUCAUGCUUUGCCUCCUCUUCUCCGGAGCCUCACACUAAACCUCGCUAUGCUUUUGUAAUGAAUAAAGGGUGCACGGCCCUUCUUGCUUCAUCUUAUCCUGCUGUAAAAUUUAUUGACUCUCAGUAUUCAGAUGUGGUGAAGUUUGCACUGAACACUACUUAUCUCAUUUCAGAGAUGUACAUCCACUGCACUGUGAUCAUCUCAAACCAGGAGAUAACCAGUGGCUCUAAGUCCUGCAACUUUGACUUGGUCAACUCCAGGUGGGAGGAACUGAGUGGAAAUGUGGAUGUGUGCAAUUGCUGUAGUUCAAAGUGUAAAGGCCUGUCAGUCAAGCACCUUCCUCAAGAUGCAAAGGCUGUUGUCACAACUGGUCCAUUCUACAUUGUGGAGAUGAACCAAAGACUGGAACCCGAAUGGAACUCCAUGCAGUCAGAUUCUGCAGCACCGGAAAAAAUAAACUCUGAAUCCCAGUGGUCCUCUCCAUCACAGAGCGUCGUGGUUGUGAAGCAGGACCCAAUCGGCAGUCUGACACUUGUUUUACCUGCACAGAUGGAGGACACCGAGCAUGGUGACUAUGCCGCUUCACUGAAUGAACUCCAGUCUUCCAGCCAGAAGCAAGAGACUAACCCGAGCAAUGUGAAAGGUCAAAGUGCAAACUGGCCCUCACACAGACCUCUGCUGCCUGAGAGGACAAAAGACUGGAAUCAUCACAACCAUACUGUGAAACGCCAUAAGAGAACCAACCACGUGCUGCCAAUAAUCCACUCAAAAAUCCAACUGUCCAAAAGCCCAGAUGGCUCCCACACUCUGAGUUAUGAAGAAGAGGUGGCAGCACAAGAUGGAGGUGAAACCAAAAGACCUGCAGAAGCUGAGAGUAAAUGGAGGCCACGACGCAAGGGACUGUCCAUUUUUCUGGAUUUGUUGAGGAGGAUGAAUGACGUGGAGUAACUUCAAAGAGAAUAUAUUACAAUAAACUUUACUCUAUACCAUG